CCUAGAGUCAGCGGCGCCUGUGGGCAUGGAUCUGGACGGGGAAAAGGUCCAAGCAGCCUCCACAGUUCAUUCUGGGACCAGGCCCUCAUGGGCACGCGCUGGGCUCCUGUUGGAAGACGCUAAGGACCCCAGGACAGACCCCCUCUCUGGGCAACUGAGUUCCCAGAUGGCAGAGGUGGCAGAAUGGGGUGGGGUGCUCAGCCCCACUGGGAAUUGGAAACCUUAGUCCUCCUGCAAAGACCCGAGCGCAGCACGUCUGCAAUGUACGAGGGUCUCCUGGAGGCUGGCCGGCCGGUGGCGAGCUAGGGGAAGUGGGUGAGGCUGCGGUGGGAGGUGCCACCUUGCCUCUGGGGAAGUGUAACUGCUAUCGGUGGCUCCCAGGCCUGGGUAGCUGGAUGGGGGCUGGGGAGCCAUCUCCGCUCCAAGUGCCCGAACCUCGCCUUCCCCACCCUGGGCCAAGCCUGCCCGUGCCUCCCCGUCCUCUGCCUGCCCAGCUUGACAUCCCUGGGCCUGUCUGGAGACCAGUGUGGAGGGUGGGGGAGGGCGUUGUAGCGCCUUGGCUGGGCAGUCCUCGUGGCCAUACCCCUUCCAGCCGCCCCACGACUAGCAAGGGAGAUGGGGGUGGGGACGGUGGUUGAUGCCAGAGGUCGUGGGGGCAGGGGCGGGGCAGGAGAGGAAGGUUCCCUGGCUUCCCUCACCUUGGGCAGAUGAAAGGCGCACAGCUCCAGGCAGGGCUGAGCCGGGCGAAGCUGUGAUUUCAGGGCACCUCUGGCAGUGCUGUGAUUUGAGAACCUCCGGUGUCCUGGGUGACUGAUUCCGGGAGACUUCGGAUGAGCAAUGCUGGCAAUGGCCCCACACAGAGGCUGCGGGGCUUGGAGGUCCUGGCCGGGGUGGCUCUGCUCACCGCCCUCUGGCUCCUGUGGCUGCUGGGGUCGGCCCCUUGGGGCACCCCGGCACCCCAGCCCACCAUCACCAUCCUUGUCUGGCAUUGGCCUUUCACUGACCGGGCCCCAGAGCUGCCCGGCGACACCUGCACCCGCUACGGCAUGGCCCGCUGCCGCCUGAGUGCCAAUCGGAGCCUGCUGGCCAGCGCCGACGCCGUGGUCUUCCACCACCGCGAGCUGCAGACCCAGCGGUCCCACCUGCCCCUGGCCCAGCGGCCGCCCGGGCAGCCCUGGGUGUGGGCCUCCAUGGAGUCGCCCAGCCACGCCCACGGCCUCGGCCGCCUCCGCGGCAUCUUCAACUGGGUGCUGAGCUACCGUCGCGACUCAGACAUCUUCGUGCCCUACGGCCGCCUGGAACCCUACUCAGGGCCCUCGCCACCGCUGCCGGCCAAGAGCGGAGUGGCCGCCUGGGUGGUCAGCAACUUCCAGGAGCGGCAGCUGCGUGCCAGGCUGUACCGGCAGCUGGUGCUUCACCUGCGGGUGGACGUGUUCGGCCGCGCCAGCGGGCGGCCGCUGUGUGCCAGCUGCCUGCUGCCCACCGUGGCCCGAUACCGCUUCUACCUGUCCUUCGAGAACUCUCAGCACCGAGACUACAUCACGGAGAAGUUCUGGCGGAACGCGCUGGCGGCUGGUGCCGUGCCCGUGGUGCUGGGGCCCCCGCGCGCGACCUACGAGGCCUUCGCGCCGGCUGACGCCUUCGUGCAUGUGGACGACUUUGCCUCGGCCCGCGAGCUGGCGGCUUUCCUCACCGGCAUGAACGAGAGCCGCUACCGACGCUUCUUUGCCUGGCGUGACCAGCUCCGCGUGCGGCUGUUCGCCGACUGGCAGGAGCGCUUCUGUGCCAUCUGUGCCCGCUACCCCCACCUGCCUCGCAGCCAGGUCUAUGAGGACCUGGAGGGCUGGUUCCAGGCCUGAGCUCUGCUGGCCGGGGGAGCUGGGUAUGGGUGGAAGGGCUGGGUGUCGAAAUCAAACCACCAGGCAUCCGGCCCUUACCGGCAAGUACUGGGCUAGCGGGAGGCUGGGGACGGGGGUCAGGAAGCAGGGGCGGGGGGUGCAGGUGGGAGCAGGAGCAGGCAGAGGAGGCGAGAGUGGGAGGGAGUAACGGGUGCCUGCUGCCGGGGCAGACGGGAGGGGAAAGGCUGCCAAGGAUCCUCCCCACCCAAACAAAUCUUGUGUGGGUCAAGGCCUGGCUGGAAGCGGGUGAAAGGCAGGCCCUUGGGGCUGGGGACACCCCAGCCUACAGUGUGUGGGGGCCAAGCCUGGGACCCCAAGCUUCCUCUGUUGCAGAGGCACCAUGGUCCCCAGGAUACAGGCACGGGUCCCUGCUGCACCCACAGUCCUGAGGCCCCUGCGUACAGGCUGGCGUGGGGCCCAGGAGACCACGAGGAGCAAGCCAGCUUGUUCUGGGCUCAGGGAGGGAGGCGGAGGGUAAUAAAAAGCCUACA